UGUAGUUACAAGUAGUAAUAGGUGUGAGUUGUUCAUGAUGUGGAUUGGGUUAGUCGGUUUAGCCCAAGCUCCGCCUGACUAUUGAUUGUGGUCGAUCAUCUUCGCUAUCUCUCUCUCUCUCGUUAUCAUUCAUUUCCACCUUUUCUUCUCCUCUUUUUUUCCCACUCGGUAUCUAUUGACUCCACCACUAGCCGCACUAGCGUCUCUUCCCCAUCCUCCGAACGUCAUCCUCCCCGGCCCUGAAGCCAUCCGCUUCACCUUUCGGAGAAAUCGUGUGUUGUUGCUGUUGCUGUGCUCGACCUGCUCGCUGCUCGCUGCUCGCUGCUCCCUGCUGCCUACCGGCUACUCGCUGCUCAGGCUCCAGGCAUCGCCUACCUUCUUUCCUCCUCUCCUUUCUCUGCCUUCAUUAUUCUUGUUGCCUUGUCAUAUCUCGGUUCAGAUGACAGUUGGGAUCCUCAGAUGAGCCCCCCGCCGGCUCCCUCUGCCCGAAAAUGGCCUACUUCCUGCCUUCGUUCUUUCAGAAACGAUUGCUCCGAUAUGCUCUGUCUCGCCUGGAGCUAGUUGAUACUGAGGCUCUGGAUCUGGAUAGUCUGGGGAUUCGAUGGGGGCAACGUAGCACCGUCGAACUUCGGGAUAUUGGCUUGAGGCUCGAGAAACUAGCUACACUGCUUCACCUUCCUGUCUCAAGCGAGCUUCUAAGCGCCCGUGUUCAAUACCUGAAGAUCACCGUCCCCGCAGACAUCUACAGCAGCGGUAUAAUAUGUCAAGCGAGUGGUAUCGAUGUACAUUUGAAACUACUGUCGCAGGAAGCAUGUCCCACGGGGCAAGGGUCCAGGGCUUCCGACUCACCACACACUGCUAGCUCUGACGCUUUCAUGCCCAACCCUGCCGACCUCGCCCAGUCGUUCCUCGAAGCUGAGCCAAAGGAGGAAAAGGAUGAAUUACAAGCCGCCAUCUCUUCUCGAUCCCAGGUUCUACAACGCACUUCGACAUCGAUAAGUGAUGACGAAGAAGAACUAGGUCUUGGCAACGAGACCGUGUCUCUGCCUAGUUUUGUGGCCGCAUUUCUCAAGGGUGUCGCAGACCGCCUGCAGGUCCAGGUUGAUGAUAUAUCCGUGCGAGUGGAUGUGGAAAUGAAACAGGAUGGGCCCUUUAAGAGACAGCCGGAGGACCGGCCCGAUCUAAUAACUGGGGUACUGAGUGUUGGCCAGGUCAAAGUGGACGCCGUCUCCGCACCCGCCGCAGAUGGAGACCGAUCUUGCAAGGGAAGACGGAUAAUCUCGCUCUCUGACAUUGAUCUUGCAUUAGUAUCAGAGCCAGCCGUCCUCGCCAAUUAUUCCCGGUUCGCUGCUCCUCCAUCCCCUUCGACUCCUGUCCAUGCGAAGGCAAGCCAGCCUCCUAGCCGGGCAUCUUCCCCUACGCCCGAACCUUCUUCGGAUCGAAGCUCCACCCUCGAAAUGACCAGGUCGACUAUACUCAAACCAUCAACUGGGUUGAUUGACCCUCGGCGAAUAGACCAUAAUGCGCCCGAGUUGGAAGGGUCCGUGUGCACCUAUGAUGGACGGUUCUCAGACGCUGACACGGAUGAGGGAGAGGCUCGGGGCUAUGGUUUUCUGGAGGAAUCCCAGAACUUCGCGGAUGACGAUAAACUGCUGGAUAACCCUGCAUACCUCGAUUCUGUCAUCAAUUCUCAAAUUCAGGACGACGAAUUCGAUGCACUGGGAAGCAUCUCCACCGGAGCUGGUUCAUAUACUGCAAGCAGUGAGCUUGUUCCACGCCCUCUCAAUUUAGGGUUGCCCGCGGGCACAACGGAACCAGUUAACGAUACACAAACUGCCGUGAUUCUUGCACCAAGGUCACAAACGGCAGCUUUGCACGAGCCCAGACAGUCUCCAGGGUUCGGUUCGCCAUUAAUCCAACCAACGCUACCUUCUCCCAUUUCUGGAUCCUCUCAAAGUCCUGAGCCGUUUCCAGAUGUCCAGUUAUCGCUAUCUCUGUCUGCACCGCCUUCUGAAGCUGAUAGUUCGAGCUCGACUUCUGGGUCUAUCAAUCAGGGCGAUCUCAGUGAAUCAAGACUGUUUUCCCACGACGAGGCGCAAAGCAUGUACAUGAGUGCUAUGAGCCAUGGCUCUACGUCACGAAGUUUCAUGCCGAAUAUGCCCGGUGCCUGGGACUCCUCCGAUUCUCACAUCUCGAGGGGAUCCGUUGCAAAGUAUGCAGCUCAGAUCAGUCCAGAAGAUGGACAUGAGCACGAUUUUCAUGAUGAGACUUCUGUGUCAACACCUAAACUCACACCUCAGUCUGAACCAACCUCAUCUCAGUCACAAUCAACUGAGCAACAAUCGCCAAGCACUGAUCCUCAUUUGGAACUACAUAAAAGUUCAUCAGUUCAGAGCUCAACAGGGGAACAUAGCUCACCAGAUGUGGCGAGGAGGUUUUUCAGCAUUGACAGAAUUCAAGUUUCGAUCCCAUCUGGCAACUCUGACCAACAUGAUAGUGAGGCCGCACCAACAAUAUCACCCCGAAGAGAGUCGAAUGACGUUUUGGGGGAGUCCACAACAAAUCUGCAUGACUCCCUACCCGAUGAAGGCUUGUUGAACUCGUUGACCCGGUCUCGUGGGGACUCGACUUCCGCGUUUUUCCCUGUCAAUGAUGCCAAAUCAGUGAGUCAGCAGGGUUACGACUUAGAGGACCAUAUUGGCUUGGAGAUAUUCUCUGCAGAGAUCCAAUUUGACAUUGCGAUUGGUUGGCUGGUCGUCAAGGUCGGACAAAGAAUCCUCAGUGCAUUUGUUGGUAAGACGGAUGACUCGACUAGAAAACACGACCCGUCUCAGAAAUCAGAAGGGCCACAAGCCUAUCGGAUUUCUCUCGAUAGCUUUGCUAUCAAGUUCGUCGAUCAUGUUCCUGGGCAUGGAUACCCUCUUAAGCACGACAGUUCGACGUUCAUCGACGGAAACCAAGAAGAGGUUCUACUACAGGCGGUAGUCUCGGGCUUAAAAGCUAAUCUUGCUCUGAAAAAUGACCUCACUACUUUUCAUCUGGAUGUGAACAAGUGCUUAGUGGGAUUUGCCCAUGAAGAUCUGAUCUCUUUUAGCGAGGAACUCAAGAUGCGCGAAUCCACGAGGGAUGUCACUAAACCCAGUUCAGAUGAUAUUUCACUGAACGUCCGGAUGUCUUCGAAAGCCACUACUGUUGUGCUCAUGACACUUCCUCUACAACUUAAUCUCAACAUUCAGCGUCUGGAAGAGGCUGUAGGCUGGGUAGGUGGUUUGAGCACCAUCCUGGAACUUGGGAGCUCCAUUUCAUCUAGUUCUUCUAGUAAGGGACCAACCAAGGACAUACCGAAGCGUUCUCGUGGUGUACAUUUCGAGAGUGACCCUCCCCCAGCGACUUCACAGUCGCCUGAAACAAAACCUGUUAAGGUGAAUGCUCGGAUUGGUGGCAUCACCUUGAACGUCAUCGGGGAAAGCCAUCAUUUGAAGCUCAGCACAACUGCAGUCAAAGUUGUCAGCAGGUCUCAGGGUCUCAAAAUUCAGAUUGACAGGGCAAAACUCAGCGGGCCCUGGUCUCUCAAGUUUGACCGUGACCCGCCCGCCACGGUCAACUUGACAGACAUCAGGUUUGAAUACUUUUUCGCUCCUGAAGAAAACGACCUAGAUCGGCUUCUCGCUUUGAUCACACCAUCAAAGGAUAAAUACGACGAAGACGACGAUAUAAUGCUGGAUACGCUCUUUCGCCAGCGCAAACAAGGCUCUGUUCUUCGUGUGACGAUUGGCGGAACGAAGGCCAUCAUAUCCCGGGCCGCUGAAAUGGACUCUCUUGCGCAGCUUGGGGACGAGAUCAGUCGGCUAUCGAAUGUUGCUAAAUACCUACCUGAGGAUGACCGACCUGGAGUCUUGACUCUAAUCUUGGUCCGUGAGUUCGAGGUGCAAACACACCUUGGUGGGAAGGUAGGCGUUAUCGCCGCAAGGCUUCACAACGCUGAAGCAGCAUACAUCAGUCUCCCUUCCCUUAUCGCUGCUCGAAUCGACCACAUACAGGUUGCAAGGAAUGGGAGUGAGGAGCUCGUUGGAAAUGCACUUCUCCCAGCUGAGGGACAGUCCUCGGACGGCAUGACAGCACCAGUCCUCAUGGCCCGCUUUAUCGCGGAUGAAAUGGAUCCCACGAUCAAGAUCAAGCUACAUGGUCUUCGUGUAGAAUACAGUCUUCCUGCUGUUAUCGCAUUCCUUGGGCUCGGAGAUGACAUGACAACUGGUGACGUCGCUGCUAACAUGGCAAGUUCAAUAGCUAAUCUUGCUGCCGAAUCUCCGCCGGUCCAGCAGAAAGCGUCAGGCAAAGACUCUGACCGGGCCACUCCAUCGAAGCCUUCGAGAUUGACGCUUGAUAUUCGGGACACUGUUCUUGGUCUCAAUCCGCGCGGCACCCCUGCCAGAGGUCUUGUUGUCCUCACAAAUGCUAAGUUCUCUGGUACCAUGUACGACGUUGUGUCUUCAGAAGCCGUCUUGGACCUUCGGAAAGCGUCGAUUAUGGUUAUUGACGAUGUCAAGAACGUGGGCUUUACGGAUAACUUGCAUCAAAGAAACAUGAAUUCUCCGCAGGGAGCCCAAAUCAAAUCAUUCAUCGACCAGGGCUAUGUCCCCAUUUGCACUGUGUCGUCAGCCACAGCUACUGUAAAAAUUGUGCGCUUGAGUGAAGACGGAGAGAAAUCUCUUGAUGUGGAGCUCAGAGAUGACUUGUUGAUCCUGGAAACUUGCGCUGAUUCCACGCAGACCCUUAUCAGCAUUGUGAAUGGGUUGCAGCCUCCUACACCCCCAAGCGUGGUUACCAAAUAUCGGACCGAGGUUCUUCCCAUUCAGGACAUGCUAGCGUCUUUUACAGGCGAUGCAUUUGUGGCUGAUCCUUCGGAAUCUUCUGCUGCGGUUAGUCCUGAAUCUUCUGCUCAAACGCCGAGCACAGGGAACCUGUUAGAGGACGAGGUCGAAUACGUGAGCGACUUCCCUUCAGCCACAAUCGGCUCCGAACAAAAUUCUCUGCAUGGGGCCGCUGCAUCCGGCUCGAAUGAGUUACUUGACAGUUUUCACUCGCAGUACCAUGUUUCUUCCAGUGUCUCGGAACUUGACUUCCGCGAUGAUCACUUUGCGCAGAAGUCCGCUGUUGGGGGUACGGCACAUAGGUGGGAUUCCACACAAAACACAUAUGGUCUCUCCGACGAUUCGAAACUCCAAAGGAGCCCCUUGAGGGUAAGGGUGCGCGACGCUCAUGUGAUUUGGAACCUGUUCGAUGGCUACGACUGGCAGAGGACACGAGACACGAUUUCGAAAGCUGUAAAAGAGGUGGAAAGAAAGGCAACAGAGCGCCGCGCGCGCACUGGCAGUCGAGCAUCUCCUAGCUUCGACGAGGAGGAGGAAUCCGUCAUUGGAGACUGUUUAUUCAACUCCAUUUAUAUUGGUAUUCCCGCCAACAAGGAUCCUCGAGAGCUUCGUAACGAUAUCAAUCGCAAUAUUGAUGACCUUGUUAGUGAAACAGGAAGCUAUGCGACCAGCACAACCGUCACUGGAGCAACUGUGCGUCAAAGCCAAUCGCCUUCGCUACGGGGAAAGAAACUACGUUUGUCCCGGAGCAAGUACCACAAAAUGACUUUCGAGCUUAAGGGGGUAUGCGCAGACUUGGUUGUCUUUCCGCCUGGCCUGGAAGAGACGCAGAGCUCCUUGGAUGUUCGGGUUGAUGACGUGGAAAUCUUCGACCAUGUCCCCACCUCAACAUGGAAGAAGUUCGCGACCUACAUGCAUGAGGCUGGCGAAAAGGAGAGUGGAACCAGUAUGCUGCAUCUCGAAAUAUUAACAGUUCGGCCUGUGCCUGAGCUUGCUGCUUCUGAGAUUGUGCUCAAGGCAACUUUGUUGCCUCUCCGGUUGCACGUCGACCAGGACGCUCUGGACUUCAUUUGUCGGUUCUUUGAGUUUAGAGAUGACACUGCACCGACCCCGACCGCGCCCAGUGAUGUUCCGUUCCUCCAGCGAGCUGAGAUUAACGCUGUGCCAGUGAAAUUGGACUUCAAACCCAAGCGCGUGGAUUAUGCUGGUCUUCGAUCUGGUCGCACCACCGAGUUCAUGAAUUUCUUCGUUCUGGACGGAGCAGAUAUGGUGAUGCGGCAUGUUAUCAUUUAUGGAGUAUCUGGGUUCGAUAAACUGGGACAGACGCUCAAUGACAUAUGGAUGCCCGAUAUCAAGCGAAAUCAGCUUCCGGGUGUUCUUGCUGGUCUGGCCCCCAUCAAAUCACUUGUUAACAUGAGUGGAGGGGUGAAGGACUUGGUUGUGGUGCCCAUGCGCGAAUACAAGAAGGACGGGCGUAUUGUUCGGAGUAUCCAGAAAGGCGCCAUGGCGUUUGGCAAGACCACCACCAAUGAACUGGUCAAACUUGGGGCCAAGCUUGCCAUUGGAACUCAAACAGUGUUGCAAGGUGCCGAGGAUUUGUUGGCCAACCUCAACACCCCGACCGCGGGCCAAGAGGAUGAUCUUGGUGACGAUGAAGAUGCGAACAAAAUCUCGCUCUAUGCAGAUCAGCCGGUUGGAGUUGCUCAGGGCCUCCGAGGCGGGUUUAGAGGAUUGGAGCGCGAUCUGCUCACAGCACGUGAUGCUAUCGUAGCGGUUCCUGGUGAGGUGAUGGAGAGCGGCAGUGCCAAGGCUGCUGCCAAAGCAGUGAUGAAGCGUGCGCCAACCGUGAUUCUCCGUCCUGCGAUCGGUGUUACCAAGGCUGUGGGACAGACGUUGCUUGGUGCCGGUAACACGCUCGAUCCAAGCAAUCGUCGAAAGAUGGAAGAUAAAUAUAAACGCCAUUGAACGAACUUGACGGGAAAUUCUGAUGAUUCAAUUGACAAUUUGGAUGCUUGAUACCACCAUCUGUACGGCAGUCGAAUAUUACUAUAUUUGAGCAUUGCUUUCUUUCUUUCUAUCUGUCUUUCUUUCUUUCCAGGUGUGAGAGAGAUGCUUUAUGCACAUUUGCUUCCUGUUAUGAUGAUUAUGAUGGAUUAUACUCCAGCUCAGUUUCUUCUAUUUAUUCUUGAUAUAAACUUUGCUUUGCGUGGUUGAGCAUGGGACGGUGUCUUGGAUGUGAUUUUUUACCACUCCGAUGUCUAUAUUGGCUUGGUUACGAUUUAUUCGAAGGAUCGGUAGACUGGUUGUAGAAAUGUCAGAUUAUGUAGGG